AAUAUAAUUUGAACCAUUUUAACUUUCAUACGUUAAUAACAUUUGACAAUAGUUUUCAAAAUACGACAUCAACAUGAACAAAUUUUUGACUUGGCAUAUUCUGUCAAUAGCAACUUUAAUUAUCUACUGUCUUUUAAUCCCUUUAACAAAUGCCUGGAAAACAGAUACAUUUGAAAUGCCAAAUGAUAAUGGAGAGCUAAAAGGGGGAUUUGAAAAAGUUCCCACAGAGUAUGAGGAAACAGAGCCAACAUUGAAACAAAGACGAAAAUGGAUAUCGCAGCUUCCUUAUGGUGAUCUACCAUGGAUUUAUGGAUUGAAUCAAGCCGGUGGGAAGCAAAAACCAUAUAAAUCACACAGAAGAGAACGUCGAUUUUUUUGUAAUCCAAUGGGAUGUGUCUAACUCUAUUCUGAUGAGCGACAUUUUUUAAAAUAUAACCAUAUAAUCAUGUCUGUAUAAUUAAACGAAACAUAAAUAAAUGUCUUUCCUGUUAAAAUCUACUAAAAGUCAAAAAUAAAAUUAUUUCUGCAG